UCUUAAACAAAAAUGUCAGGUUUAUAAAAGUAGGUAUCGGGCAACGAUUCGACGACCUUAAUGUCUAGGAAAUCAUUUUGUGGAUCGAAUUCAAACAUGAAUUAAUUAUUUAGACCAGAGUUUGGGUCUACACAGAGUUUGGCUAAUCAUGAGAAAUUGUGGCAUUUGAUGUAAAAUUAUUUGCCUUCAGACAAGAAAAGGUAAAAUGAUAAAAUAAAAAAUAAAGUAUAUAGGAGUAGAUAGUGAAUCAUGUGGAAUUUUCAUUAGCUAGAACAAGAUUUGAUUUUCAUUAGGUUCAUUGUUAUUAGGCAGUAUCUCAUUCAAUAAGAGAUAGAUUGAUUGAAAGUUUUAAUGACACUUAAUUGUAUUUUCAUGAAUAGGAUUGCAAAAGAGUGUAUUAUUUAUCAAUUGAAUUUCUGAUUGGAAGAUGUCUAUAAAAUGCAGUAGGAAAUCUUGGAUUAUAAGAUUCUUACACAGAAGCAGUGAAAGAGUUGGGUUAUAAAUUGGAAGAUUUAUAUAAUGAGGAAGUAGAUCCAGCAUUGGGUAAUGGAGGAUUAGGGUAAUUAAUGAAUAUAUUAUAAGUCGUUUAGCAGCAUGUUUUUUGGAUUCUUUAGCAACAUUGAAUUACCCAGCAUUUGGUUAUGGGAUUAGAUACAGUUAUGGAAUAUUUAAAUAAUUGAUUUAAAAUGGAUAAUAAGUAGAAGCACCAGAUUAUUGGUUAGAGAAAGGCAAUCCUUGGGAAAUAGAAAGAUUAGAUGUAUAAUAUCCAGUUAAAUUUUAUGGAAAAGUUGUAAAAAGACAUGAGAAUGGUUAAGAGAAAUCAUUAUGGGAAGCAGGAGUAUAAAAAUUAUAUAAAUAUAAUAGGAAACUAUAGUAGCUAGAGCUUAUGAUACUCCAAUUCCAGGAUAUAUGACAUUUAAUACUAUAGCAUUAAGAUUAUGGAGAUCAGUACCAGCAAAUGAAUUUGAUUUUACUAGUUUUAAUGAAGGAGAUUAUUUCAAGUCAUUGGAAGCUAGAGAAAAAGCAGAAUACAUAACAUCAGUUUUAUAUCCAAAUGAUAGUUCAUAUGCAGGAAAAGAAUUAAGACUUAAAUAAGAAUAUUUAUUAGUGAGUGCGACACUUCAAGAUAUUUUAAGAAGAUUUAAAAAGGUAAGAAGAGAUUGGUCAACAUUACCAGAAAAAGUAGCUAUCUAAUUAAAUGAUACUCAUCCAUCUUUAGCUAUUGUAGAAUUAUUAAGAAUUUUAAUUGAUUAAGAAGGAAUGACUCAUGCAAAUGCAUGGGAAAUAGUAUCAAAGACAUUUGGUUAUACAAAUCAUACAGUAUUACCCGAAGCUUUAGAGAAAUGGGGUGUAGAUUUAUUAGGUAGUUUAUUACCCAGACAUCUUGAGAUUAUUUAUUAUGUGAAUUUAAUCUUUUUGAAUAAAGUAAGUGCGAAAUUUCCAGGAGAUGCACAUAAAUUAUCAAUGCUAUCACUGAUUGAAGAAGGUCCAAUAAAAAAGAUAAGAAUGGCUAAUCUUUCAAUAAUAGGAUCUCAUAUGGUAAAUGGUGUUGCAAGAAUUCAUUCAGAUUUAUUGAAAAGUGAUUUAUUUAAAGAUCAUUAUGAAAUGAGACCCAAGAAAUUCAUUAAUAUAACAAACGGUGUAGCUCCUAGAAGAUGGCUUAGAUCAUGUAAUUAAGAAUUAGCUAAAUUGUACGAUGAAUGGUUAGGUACAGAUGAGUGGGUUCUUAAUAUGGAUUUAUUAAAAAAUUUAGAAGAUAAAUGUGAAGAUUAAUUAGCUUUAAUUUAAUUUAUGAAAGUUAAGAGGAAUAAUAAAUUAAGACUAAUAAAAUGGGUUAGAUAAUAUUGUAAUGUUGAAGUAAAUGCAGAUACAUUAUUUGAUAUAUAAGUUAAAAGAAUCCAUGAAUAUAAGAGAUAAUUCAUGAACAUAUUAUAUGUGAUAUAUAGAUAUCUUUUAUUAAAAGAUACUCCUACAGAAGGUAGAAGAAAGUUUGCUCCUAGAACUGUGUUUUUUGGAGGAAAAGCAGCUCCUGGUUAUUUGAAUGCAAAAAGAAUUAUAAAACUGAUAAAUUCAGUUGCUGAAGUUAUAAAUCAUGAUUUAGACACUAAUCAUUACUUAAAAGUAGUAUUUUUACCAAAUUAUAAUGUAUCAUCAGCUGAAAUUAUAAUUCCAGCAUCUGAUAUUUCAUAACAUAUAUCUACUGCAGGUACAGAAGCAUCUGGAACAUCUAACAUGAAAUUUGUUAUGAAUGGUGGUAUCAUUUUAGGUACAUGGGAUGGAGCAAAUAUAGAAAUUGCUGAAGAAGUUGGACUUGAUAAUAUAUUUAUUUUUGGGGCUAGAGUUGAAGAAGUUGGAAAAUUAAUAGAUAAUAUGAAGAAUUAAGAUCCUUUUUAAUAUAUAUAAAAACCAUUAUGGAAUGUUAUAUAAUCUAUUAGAUCUGGUAUAUUUGGACAUGAUCAUCAUGGAUUAUUAGAUUCUAUCACUAAUAGAAAUGAUUUCUAUUUAGUUGCACAUGAUUUCUAUCAUUAUGCAUAAGCACAAAUCAAAGUAGUUUAUUUAUUCUAUAUUUUCAGAUUGAUCAAUUAUAUUAAGAUAAAAUCUCAUGGGCUAAAAAAGCAUUCUGCAAUUCUAUUAGAUCUGGCAAAUUUAGUAGUGAUAGAACUAUUCAUGAAUAUGCUCAAAAAAUUUGGUAUUCUUAUUUAUUUUUAUACAUUUAGGAAUAUUAAACCUAUUGUUGUACCAUAACCUACAGCUAAUAAAUAGGAUAGAUUUAAAAUCUAAAAAUGAAUAAUUUUUAUUAAAUACAUACA